AUGGGCUGCAUGAACUCUAAAACUUCUUAUAAAUCUUAACCUCAUUCAUCUACAAAGACUCAGAUAUAAAUCUAAUAGAAUACUCAAGACGAAAGUCCUUAUGUGAUUAAAAAGAACCCAAUAUUUCAAAGAAGAGCCUCCUCAAAAUCCAUCGUUAGUCCUUUAUAAACUGCCUCUUUUAUUCACAGAAAUAAGUGA